CUAAGAGUCUCUCCAAAUCUCACCUAAGUUCUCCCACCCAUUUUCACCUACUUCCCUCCAAGUCCAUAGCCAGGGGACUCAAGAAAAGAAAACCCAUUUCUUGAUUGUUGAGUGAUCGGAGAUGGAACCCACCUCGGAGAAGCUCUCGCCGUUCGAUUUCAUGGCAGCGAUCUUCAAGGGUGGGAGGAUCUUCGACCAGUCCAACGCGUCGUCGGAGUCCGCGUCGCCGGUGGCGAUGCUGAUGGACAACAAGGAGCUGAUGGCGAUGCUCACCACGUCGGUGGCGGUGCUGAUAGGCUGCGUCUUCGUGCUGGUGUGGCGGCGCGCGUCCUCGUCGGCGAAGAAGGCGGUGGAGCCGCCGAAUCCAGAAGUGCCCAAGGCGGCGGAGGAGGAGACGGGGGAGGAUGGGAGGAAGAAGAUCACCAUCUUCUUCGGAACCCAGACCGGCACAGCUGAAGGCUUCGCUAAGGCACUUGCUGAAGAAGCAAAAGCAAGAUAUGAGAAGGCCAAUGUUAAGGUGGUUGAUUUGGAUGAUUAUGCGGUUGAUGAUGAUGAAUACGAGGAGAAACUGAAGAAAGAAAGUCUGGUCUUUUUCUUUUUGGCCACGUAUGGAGAUGGUGAGCCAACUGAUAAUGCUGCAAGAUUUUAUAAAUGGUUUUCUGAGGGAAAAGAGAGGGGUGUAUGGCUUAAAGAUCUUCGGUAUGGUGUAUUUGGUCUUGGGAAUCGGCAGUAUGAGCAUUUCAACAAGAUUGCCAAAGUAGUUGAUGAUGUUCUUGCCGAGCAAGGUGGGCAACGACUAGUGCCGGUGGGUAUGGGAGACGAUGAUCAAUGCAUUGAAGAUGACUUUUCUGCAUGGCGAGAGAAUGUGUGGCCUGAGUUGGAUAAUUUACUCCGUGAUGAAGAUGGUGCAACGAGUGCUACUCCCUAUACUGCUGCGGUUUUGGAAUAUAGAGUUGUGUUGAGUGACCAGGAUGAAUCGAUCAAAGUAAACGGACUUGCUAAUGGCCUGGCAAAUGGUCAUGGUGUUUAUGAUGCCCAGCAUCCCUGCAGAGCUAAUGUAGCCGUGAGAAGGGAACUUCAUACUACAGAAUCUGAUCGCUCUUGUACUCAUCUGGAGUUUGACAUUUCGGGAACUGGACUAUCGUAUGAAACUGGGGACCAUGUUGGCGUAUAUUGUGAAAAUUUAAUUGAAACAGUGGAGGAAGCCGAAAGAUUACUGAACAUACCACCUAAUACGUUCUUUUCCAUUCACACCGAUAAAGAGGAUGGCACACCACUUGGCUCAUUGCCGCCUCCCUUCCCUCCUUGUACAUUAAGAACGGCACUGACUAAAUAUGCCGAUCUCUUGGGCUCACCUAAAAAGUCUGCUUUGCUUGCUUUGGCGGCCUAUGCUUCUGAUCCAUCUGAAGCUGAUCGCUUGAGGCAUCUUGCAUCCCCGGCUGGAAAGGAGGAAUAUGCACAAUGGGUAGUUGCGAGCCAGAGAAGCCUUCUUGAAGUAAUGGCUGCAUUUCCUUCAGCCAAGCCUCCACUCGGAGUUUUCUUUGCAGGAGUUGCUCCACGUCUGCAGCCGAGAUUUUAUUCUAUCUCGUCCUCUCCAAGAAUGGCCCCUACACGAAUCCAUGUCACUUGUGCCUUAGUAUAUGACAAAAUUCCUACUGGCCGCAUCCACAAGGGGAUCUGUUCAACAUGGAUAAAGAAUGCGGUUCCUUUGGAGGAAAGCCCUGACUGCAGCUGGGCACCCGUGUUUGUUAGGCAAUCUAACUUCAGACUACCUGCUGAAACUAAAGUACCCAUUAUAAUGAUUGGUCCGGGAACUGGAUUAGCUCCAUUCAGGGGCUUUCUUCAGGAAAGGUUGGCACUGAAGGAAGAAGGUGCAGAACUUGGUCCGGCUUUGUUGUUUUUUGGAUGCAGGAACCGCAAAAUGGACUAUAUCUAUGAGGAUGAAUUGAACAACUUUGUCGAGACUGGUGCACUUUCUGAGCUAAUUAUUGCUUUCUCGCGUGAAGGGCCUACCAAGGAAUAUGUUCAACAUAAGAUGAGCCAAAAAGCAGCGGAUAUCUGGAACUUGAUUUCUCAAGGAGCAUACCUCUAUGUAUGCGGUGAUGCCAAAGGCAUGGCUAGAGAUGUUCACCGAACUCUCCAUACUAUUUUCCAAGAGCAGGGAUCACUCGACAGCUCCAAGGCCGAGAGUAUGGUGAAGAAUCUGCAGAUGAGCGGAAGGUAUCUGCGCGAUGUAUGGUAAUAGCUUCUACCUGCCCCUGAUAAUUGGGAGAGAAAGGAACCAAAGGAAUGUUAAGUUAUGCAAUGGCCUAUAUAUCAAGGCCACUUUUGAAGGAAAUCUGCCAGUCUACUUCACCAAAUUAAGUGUUCGUACAAUGAUUCUUUUCUUUAUUAUUAUAUUCAAGGGAAAUGCAGUUCAUGUAAUUUAUAUUUGUAAACAAGUAAUGCAAAAUAAUUUAAGCAUUAAUUUUAGGCAUAGUAAGUAUACUUUGUGUAAUACCUUUGAUGAGUCUGAACAAUGGCUUUGACUGCCAUAAUAUGAUUUUGGUAAAUGUGUUUUCUCAACUAAGUAAUAUAAAGUUCUUUACCAAGCAAA